CCUAAAUAUUAUAAGAAAUGACAAAAUUUAAAAUUGCUUUUUUAGAGUUUAUAGAUAUAUAAAACGAGAAAAUUCUAUAAAAAUGAAUGAAAAUAGGACAAAUAUAACAAUUAAUUUUAAUAACAAUGAUCUGAUGAAUAUGAAAAGAAUUGAAGUCAAUAAUCAUAUGAUCCCCAAAUUGAAUUCCAAUUAUAAACCCACCACAUCACCAUUUACAGAACAAAAAUCUUUAUCAAAAACUAUGACACCCAGAAUAUGUGAUUAUACAAAUAUAUGCAGUUUACAACAGAUUUCUCCCAAUCCUUUAACAAUUGUUGCACGAGUUUUAAGUUUCCCUUCAAAUAAAUCACUGCAAAAUAAUAUUAUUGUCAAUAAGAUGGCAUCUAUAACUACCAAGGAAGAUAAAAAUCUAACCACUUACAUUGCACUUCCUAAAAACUUAAUAACAAAUCCAUUAAGUCUUUCUUUACCUGCUAUCACAUUAAAUAGUUAUCAAAAUAAUAUAACACACCAAGAAAUAUUUAAAAAAAAAACAACCUUUUCAAAAGUAACUCCAAUUUUGCCCAAAACAAUUGUAUCUCAAAAAAUGACAUCAUCUAUACACCAAAUGCCAAUAUCCUCUACAACAAUGAGUGCAUAUAAUAAAAAUAUUCACAAUGCAAAUUUUCUCCUACGACUGAACACAGACACCAAUAUGGUUAAUGCAAUAAAGAUGCCACCAAAUAUCUCACACAUGAAAGACAAUGCAAAUAUAAAUAUUGGUUCUACACUUUUGACAACGGACCUGAACAUAUUAGAGAGUAUCCCAGUAGCCAAAAGUCUACUACAGUCUAAACCAUAUGUGUCUAUUCUCCCUAAUAUACAACAUACUCGAGCUGAACCAGUUACAUCUAACGUAAUUUACAACAAUGGGUCUGGUGUGAUGACGAAUAAUAUAGAUAAUCCUCAUGCUAUUAUAAGUAACAUAGGGUUAGAACUAAAUGGACGCUACUAUGUUAUAAAAACCAAUCCUAUUAACAGCCAAACGCCCAUAUUUUUGAGCCCUAUAACUUCAACAAACGCUGAUUCCAACAUAAUUAAAAAUUCUAGCACCGUUAUAUUAAGUAACAAUGUAAAUACUGAGGCCUUUAGAUCAAACUUCUCUUUGAACCAAUCCUUUGACAAAGAACCCAUAUUUUAUAAUUCUCAAGGUUCAAAUUACAUUAAACUUAUCACGAAUAGCUCGAAUAUUUUAACUUCCAAUGCAACUCAUUUGAUGAUGCCUCAUGAAAAUAGUAUGUCAAAUCUAACUUCUCAAUCUUCAGUCUUGUUAUCACCUACCGCAUUAGCAAAUAUAUCUACUCUAAACGAUCCAACAAAUGCUCUCAGAGGUAAGAAAAGAUGCAAUUGUACAAAAUCACAAUGUUUAAAACUUUAUUGUGAAUGUUUUGCUAGCGGGGAGUUUUGCAGCAAUUGUAAUUGUAAUAAUUGUAAUAACACUCUGGAAAAUGAAGACGAUCGAAAAAAAGCUAUCAAAUCUAUUUUAGAGAGAAAUCCUUUAGCAUUUCAUCCGAAAAUAGGGAAAAGCAGGGAUGGCGAUAUUGAAAGGAAACAUUGUAAAGGUUGUAAUUGUAGAAGAUCUGGAUGUCUUAAAAAUUAUUGUGAAUGCUAUGAAGCUAAAAUAACUUGUUCAAGCAUGUGCAAAUGCGUUGGCUGUAAAAAUUUUGAAGAUAGCACUGAACGUAGAUCUAUAAUGUUACCACAUUACCUGAUCAACAAUAAAACUCAUUUUCAUAAUUCUAAUAUUGUUGGUGGUUCUAACUAUCAGAUGGAUCAAUCAUAUGAUAAUAAUUUGAAUAGUAAUACUUCAAACUCUUACCAUACUAUUGGAAACAAUAACAGUAAGUGGUUAUAUUCCAAUAACCGAAUGACUACUUCGCAUCGCAAUUUAUCAUUAUUAAAUCAGGAUUCCUAUAAUAAAAUAAUCUCCAACUCCAGUGAUGAUCUUGGCAAAGGAUUUAAUUUAUUUUCGCCCAUGAAUAAGAUUAAAAACGAUUACAAAAAAAAUAGCUUAGAUAAUGUAAUCGAAAAUGAUUCUAAACUCAAUAUGACAAGUUUAUUAUUGAAUGAAAUUGCCACUGGACUGACCUACAAUAACGAUGUUAAAAAUAUUAGCUUAAGUGAUAAAAAUAAUGCUGACUUCAAGCAAUUAAAUUCAUAUCCACUUUUUACAAAUGAAUAUGAAAAAAGUACCCUUUUCUUCCCAUCCCGCAUAAUAACGGAUGAGAUAAUAGAGGCAAUAGGCACGUGCAUGUUAGCCCAAGCCCAUGAGGCCCUCUCAGAGUCUCCUUCCAUGAAAUACCACUCGUUGGAACGGGUCGUAACCAAAGAAUUUGGCCAGUGCUUGCUCCGUAUCAUUAACGUUCUUAAAAAUGCCGCUAUCUGCGAUAAUGAACAAGCAACUUAUCACAACCAUGAGACUCGAUCCGAUAUACCCUCCAAAAGACGUAAAAGGUUGACCCAUCCACUUCGCCCGCCUAAAAACAGAAUGAAGGACGACAUUUCCUCCGAUCAUGAUUCACAAAGAUCCUACACUUUAUCUCCACUUAGUUCUCAAUCGAUUGACACUUGAUUAACAAUAAAUUUUAUUAGGGUUAAUUUUUAAACGGUUGUUUUUGAUAGGAUAUUGACCACAACCAGCAUUAAUUGUGAAGACACCUUUUUGACAUAAUUGAUAAUUAUAUUAUAAUGAUAUUUUUGAAGAGUAAAAAUAUCUUUUCUUUUUCUCUAGUCAUAAUCCUUAGAUAAACACCUACAGAAGGAACCAUAUGGUUAAAAAUAUAGCAAAACUUCUAUUUUGACCAGUAUUACGAAUUUUUUUAAUUGAAAUAACUAAAAUUUAAACUACGAAAAGCUUAAGAAUGGCAUUUAUAAAAAAAAUAUAAGAAAUUAAUAUAUUUUUCUAAAUAUCUUGUUGAUUUAAAAUA